AUGAAGGUCUUCUCCAACUCAUACACAUUCAACUACUCCUGGGAAGAAGUAUCCACAGCCAACUGGCGGAAGUACUGCCCGUGGAAUGACAAGACGACACAUGUCAUCGCCGUCGACACACUCGCACGAGAAGUCGACCAGGCCACCGGCAUUCUACGAACCGAGCGACUCAUCACCUGCAAGCAGUCAGCACCGGACUGGGUGAAGACCAUUUUGGGUUCCAUGGACACUAGCCAAGUCUUUGAGACAUCCUACGUCAACCCAGCCGAGAAGACCGUCACCAUGGUAUCGCACAACAUCACUUGGGCGAACAUGAUUAACGUUCAGGAGACGGUGGUGUACAAGCCCAUGGGAGCGAACCAGACAAGCUUCGAGCAGGACGCGCGGAUAACGGCCCUAUGUGGCGGCUGGCAGAGGAUCAAGAACAGUAUCGAGGACAGCCUGGUCACCCGGUUCCACGAAAACUCCAUGAAGGGCAAGGAAGGUUUCGAGUGUGUGCUCGCCAUGAGCCGGAGAGUAUUCGCCGAGGAACGCGAGAAGGAGAGACGGGGCGAUGCUAAGAUGAAGGCAUAA